UUCAUUUACUAGUAUGCUACGACUACUACUACGAGUACGCACUACAACAACAACAACCAGAUUCUCUUCCCUCUGUUUUCUCUCCUCCUCUUCAAACCCGGAAAAAAAAUUAAUUAGUUAAAAACAAGAAGAAAAAUUUAGAAAUCCUUUUGAAUCUAUGUAAGAAUUCAGAUAUUUACACACACACACAUAUAGGGAGAGAGAAUUUAGGGAAUUUUAGCGUAGAGAAUGUCGGAGUUUAAAGACUCGGCAAUAAAGCUCUUUGGAAAAACGAUUCCUCUGUUGCUGAAUCAGGAGGUCUCGUGCAAUGAUGAACCGUCCAUGGCGACUUCCGUCGUUGAUUCCGACGCCGGAACUGUCGGCACCGGCGAGAGUUUCUCUGAUCAGAAGCUUCUUCGUGUUUCGUCUCCGAAUAAAGAGAGCUCCAGUGAAGAAGAAGGCGACGGGGACAAGGAAACUUCAUCAGGAAAAGAAAACUCAGAGAAAGAUAAUGUCUCAGAUCAAAGUGCAGAAGACACUAAAGAUCCUACAACAUCAGUUGUCAUUAGCGAGAAUCACAAAUCUCCCUUAGUUGAACGAGAAACUUCAUCUUUGAAAUCCUCAAAGAGCGCAGAGCAAAGCGAAAUCAGUAACCCGCAGGAAAAGACUUUGAGAAAACCUGAUAAGAUACUUCCAUGUCCGCGAUGUAAUAGCAUGGACACCAAGUUCUGUUACUAUAACAAUUACAAUGUCAACCAGCCCCGCCAUUUCUGCAAGAACUGCCAGAGAUAUUGGACCGCAGGAGGAACCAUGAGGAAUGUGCCUGUGGGAGCUGGCCGCCGCAAGAACAAGAACUCUUCAGCUUCACACUAUCGCCAUUUAGUGAUUUCCGACGCUCUCGAGAAAGCUCAAGUUAAUGCUGCAAAUGGAGUUCACAACCCCACAUUGGGAAGCAAUGGCACUGUCCUUACAUUUGGUACAGAUUCGCCUCUCUGUGAAUCCAUGGCUUCUGCGCUGAACCUCGUGGAGAGAACAAAAAACUCUGCACCAAAUGGUUUUCAUAAUCCUGAAAAUAGAGUUAUUGUUUCUAUUGGAGUGGGAGACAAUGCGGAUAACCAGUCUUGUGGCUCUUCCAUAACAGCUUCCACUUCAUCAGAUAAGGGAGGAAAACCGGUGAUCAAGGACUAUCAAGGCUUUCCUUCUCAAGUACCAUGCUUUCCAGGGCCUCCUUGGCCAUAUCCAUGGAAUUCAGCUCAGUGGACAUCUGCGUUGCCGCCUCCUGCUUUCUGCCAUUCGGGUUUUCCAGUCUCAUUCUAUCCGCCGCCUCCAUAUUGGGGAUCUACUGUGCCAGGAUCCUGGAAUGUACCGUGUUUCUCGCCAGCAUCUUCCACAACUAAUCUGUCUACCUCAGCACUUGGGAAACAUCCUAGGGACGGGGAAAUUCUAAAUCCCACAAGCUCACAUAAGGAAAAUUCUGAUAAGGAGAACAGCACUAGUUCAGAAAGAUGUGUUUUGAUUCCAAAAACAUUGAGGAUUGAUGAUCCCACUGAAGCUGCAAGGAGCUCCAUAUGGACGACACUCGGGAUCAAGAAUGAAACACUCAGUUCUGUCAGUGGGGGAGGUCUUUAUAAGGCGUUUCAAUCAAAGGGAGAUCGCAAAACUCACGUAGUCGAAACGUCUCCGGUGUUGCAAGCCAAUCCUGCAGCCUUGUCCAGAUCACUCACCUUUCUGGAGAGCAUAUAAUCACUGCCGAAUCCAAGUUCGACGUGAUUGAAGGAUUAAGCCUCACUAUUUCUCUUGUUGACAUAGUAGCUAGGAUAGCUUUUUUCCCCCAUAAGGCCACGUUAUUGUCUUAUUGAUCAACCUCAGUGGAUGAGAAACCAGUUUAGAAGCAAUGCAAUAUCUCCUCGAAAACACGCGCUGGAGAAGUUUUCAACCUUGUAGGCAAUCAGGAGCCUUUUCUCUGUAUCUUAUAUAGAUGUUUCUUUUUCUUUCUUAUGCUUCUUUCCCUCACCUUGUAACCAUAUGAACAGGUGUUUUUUCUUUCACCUCAGAAGGUUCCUCGUGUAAGUCUUCCUGUACAUAAACUAUAGACAUUAUUAUUGUGGAAUAUAUAAUAGAUAAUAAAGUGAGAUGUUUGU